UUCUGUUUAUUUAUAUAUCUCUAUGAUUUAUAUUUUUACACAAUUUUUUUACAAUUUUUAUACUUACUUGUUUUUAUUUUUAUUUUGUUGAAAUAGUAUGUGUAGUUGCAGCAAAUGUACAUAUUGCAUGGGCAAUAUAAUUUACAUAUGCGAGAGGUUAGCAUCAUGUUUCGCCGCGACGUCGGUGGUCACGUGCAUAGUCGCCACACUGCUAGUAAUGCUGGCCCUCGGCAUAGGACUCGGCUACAACUACUGCUUCGUUGACUUGAAAACUGGCAGAUAUAAAGAUGAUAAUAGGGAUCUUUUUGCAACAUUGACACCAGUGGACUCUACAACGACGGGUAAAUCGGAUUCUGUUGAGACACAUCCGACGCGGGAAUCUAUAACACCGUUGCCAGUCAAGAUCGCUCCUACGAUGGUCGUGCCAUUGUUCGGCGGGAUCGACUUCUCUGUACUAAUACAGAAGAUAAAACAAAAAAAACAGAAUUACACUAUGCACUUGAUGGUUUAAUGUAACCGCAUGCUAGCACUAGGUACUGCACUUGAUAGUUUAAUGUAAAGCAUGCUAAGUAGCCGUGCGAUGGUCGAUCGUCGAAGUUUGUUAUGAAAAGUUCUCAUUUUUUACUUUUGAAGUCCAUAACUUCUAAACUAUCAAGGUUGCAAUUUGCACCGUUGUUCAUUAGGACCGAGGGAGCUGUUGUAACUUGUAGUACAAAAGAUAAUAGAAAGAAAACGGAUAUGCAUGGAUGUAACUGUUCUAGACUCAUGAUGUGACCUAAUCACCUUGAAGAGAUCUCGUCGCUUCUGUAUGAAGCUUAUAUAUUUUCAUUGUUUUCAAGUCAGUUAUAAACAUAAAUUUACUUAAAGCGGCUCCAUUCAAGCAAAGUUGGUACAGUGGAUAUUUAAAUCUGACUUCAUAUUAUAUUAAUUUUACUAAGUUGAAGGUUUUAUUCAUCUCAAUCGGUCCAAUUAUUGCGUGAAUCAAAAUAUUUAAAUACUUAAAUUUAAAUAAAUGUAUUUAUUCAU